AUGGAGAUUCCAAGAAACGAAGGGGAAGACAUGGCUUCAACACCACUAGCCGGCUUCACCAUCCUCUCUCUCCUCCUCCUCGCAGCCUCUUCAUGCGUAUCAGCCCAGUCCUACGAAGCCUUCCACCAAUGCUUCAUUGACCAUACCAUUAGCGCCCCAGGCUCAAAAAUCUACAGUCCCGACACCCCAUCCUUCUAUUCCAUCUACAACACCACCAUCCGAAAUUCGAGGUUCGCGUCAACUUCCGGUGCUACGAAGCCGGCAUUCAUCGUGACCCCGAUCAGCACCCUCGAUGUCCAGGCUGCGGUCAAUUGUGGCAAGGCCAAUGGCCUGCGCUUGAGGGUCCGGAGCGGAGGCCACGAUUACGAGGCCCGCUCCUCUUACUCAAACGGAGACCCUUUCGUCGUCCUCGACCUCACCAACUUUCGCUCCAUCACGGUCGAUGCGGCCGAGGAGACUGUAUGGGUCGGGGUUGGCACAACGGUCAGCGAGUUGUACUACAAUAUCAAUACCCAAACCAACAACGACACCCUCGCAUUCACCGGGAGCCUCUGUGCGAGCGUCGGCAUCGGUGGGUUCAUCGGCGGUGGUGGGCUGAGUGCUCUGAGUAGAAAGUUUGGUGCCGCAGCCGACAACGUCGUGGAUGCCGCGAUCAUAGAUGUCAACGGCAGACACUUGGAUAGGAAAGAUAUGGGUGAGGAUCUCUUUUGGGCCAUAAGAGGAGGAAGUUCCGCCAGCUUCGGCGUCGUGCUAGGUUACAAGGUCCGAUUAGUCUCCGUACCCCCUACGGUCACCGUGUUCAGGGUUAACAGAACCUCAGAACAAGGUUUAAGUAGGCUGGUGGAGAAAUGGCAAACUGUUGCACAUGAUUCCAGCGGGGACUUCUUCAUCAGAAUCCUUGCGAACGCCGUCGGGGCUGGGGCGAACCGCACGAUCCUGGCCACGUUCGAGGGCAUGUUCCUCGGCGGGCGCGACGGCUUCCUCUCCGUGCUGCAGAAAAGCUACCCCGAGCUGGGUGUGGAGGCGAAGGAGCUCACCGAGAUGAAGUGGAUAGAAUCUACUCUCUUUUUUGCGGGCUAUCCUACGACGAACACGACCCUCCUGUUGGACAGGAGGCCGUACAAGAACAGAACCUUUAAGGGCAAGUCGGACUUUGCGAGGGAGCCUAUUGCCGCAGAGGCAUGGGACAAGAUCUGGAAGUACUUGUUGGAUGCGGAAGAUAAGGUUCUUCAGAUUAUACUGUCCCCAUGGGGAGGGAAGUUUGAUGAGAUAGCUGAGGAUGCCAUUCCUUUCCCUCACAGGAAAGGAAAUUUGAUCAACCUUCAGUACUUCUUGUUUUGGCCCGACAGUCCAGAUGAGGUCAAUAAGAAGCAUUUGGAUUGGAUGAGGGGCUUCUACGACUUCAUGGCUCCUUAUGUUUCGAGCAACCCGAGGGCCACCUAUUUCAACGUCAAGGAUUUGGACCUGGGUACCAAUAAACUUGGGAAUACGACGUACUCCGACGCUACAAUUUGGGGCAAGCCAUAUUUCCGGGACAACUUUGAAAGGUUGGCACGUGUGAAGGCUCAAGUUGAUCCAGAGAACUACUUUUGGAAUGAGCAAAGCAUCCCACCUUUUUCUGCAUAG